GGCUAGAUCCGCAGCCCGUACCUCCGUGUGUUCCACUCGGCCAGCCGGUUGUUACCGUGUUGGACUGUGUAUCUGAUGACGUCGACGCUAAUUAACUACCGUAUACUGGUAAUGCACUGUGAUGUAAUGCUCCGUUACGUUUUCACCACUAAGAAUUAAUAUAAGCAGCAGACAGAUCGAGCUAAACUAGUUCAAGCUUUCGAAGACUUUUAUCACUGACGAUGCUGCGUCGGAUGCAACGCAUAGGCCUCAUUGUCAUCGUACUACAUGUACUGAUGACAAACGCUGAAGCAGAUCUAGAGUCACAUUCAGAAGAGACGGUAUCUACAUCUCGUUACGAAUGUUAUUGAAUAAUUGUUCGUAACAUGCAGUUUUUCCUUUCGCAGGAAAACAAAGACUUCAAACCAGCAGUAACAUCAAGCAUUCAAGGAGUUCACGUCAUUUGUGGGAACAAAGGAGAGAAAGGAGACAAAGGCGACAAAGGUUCGGCAGGGAAAGUUGGUCCAAAAGGCGCCAUUGGACCGGUUGGUUCUAGAGGCAAGCCGGGGGUAGCUGGGCCAAUUGGACCACCAGGUGUUCUUCGCAUAGAUGUCUGCUCUAGUAGCACAGAAGGGUUGGUAAAAUACAACCAGCAACUGAAAAGAUUUGCGUACUGUGACGGUACACAAUGGUCAAACCUGGGGUCACUGCCGGCAUAUGGCAGGUCGUCUCUGCUACCCGCAGCCUCAUGUAAGGAAAUAGCACUCAACAAGGCAUUUUCAACCAAUGGACAAUAUUGGAUUAAACCAUCAUCUGUUCAUCCUCCAUACCAGGUAUUCUGUGAUGUUAAUGAAGGUUGGACUAUGAUCAUGAAGAUAGAUGGAAAUAAAGAAAACUUCAACUACAACAGCGAAUUGUGGUCGAACAAGAAGACAUUUCAAUCGAACAAUUUGGCUUUGGAUGACAAAGAAGCGAAACUGGCUUCGUAUUGGACACUACCAUUUAAUGAACUUCGUCUGGGAAUGAAAGUAGCUGGUACGAUCAGAUGGAUCACUUACAGCUACAACGCAUCAUCUCUUUACAGUCUCAUUGCUGAUGGACAGUACAGAAGGACGAGUAUUGGUGAGACCAAGUGGAGAAGUUUACUACCACGGUCAUCGCUACAGAGAAAUUGCAACAGGGAAGGAUUCAACACAAGAAGUUUUGAUUCAUACAGAAUGUACAGACGUACUCGAGCUCGUCUUGGAAUUCUUGGUAACCAGGAAAACGAAUGUCGAUCUCCAGACUCUGUCGUUGGAUUUGGAACUGCACAUUCUACUUCUGGCAAAAACAGCGCCGGGAACGAAGCUCUGUGCUGCAGUCCGGACAAUGGAUAUAUGAGCACCAAAGCAAUUGGCUACAUCAUGGCACGUUGAGCUAAUUGUGUUGACUGUAGGACUCAAUGAAUGAAAGCUAUUAUUAGCAGACUGUUUACUUAUACAAACAUCAAGACAAUAUUGACUAGUCUACUUUGAUUAAUUAGUUUCUGUAAAUGUAAUUAUCGUUUCUCGUUCAUCAAUUAGUUUUAUGUGUAUGGUUAGCUUGUCCUUCAACAGAACGUCAAUCAAAUUAACU